AUGAUGGAGAGUAGCAAGUUUUGCCUGUGCCCGAGUGGGUACGAGGUGGCAAGCCCGAGGGUUCCAGAGGCCAUAUAUGCAGAGUGCGUGCCUGUCUUGGUAUCCGAGAACUACAUUUUGCCAUUUAGCAACGUGCUGGAUUGGGACCGAUUUUCGGUUACGGUUUCAGUGGACGAGCUGCCGAAUUUGAAGAGGAUCUUAACGAGGAUAGGGGAAGAUGAGUACGAGGCUUUGCAUCGUGGGGUGAAGCAAGUGCAACGACAUUUCUUGGUGAAUGAUCCGCCUAAGAGAUAUGAUGUGUUCCAUAUGAUGCUUCACUCUCUAUGGUUGAGGAGGUUGAAUCUUAGGAUAAAUGCUUGA